CGGAGAAGCCGCUUCGCGUGGGCGUGUGAAGGGCUCUUCCCCCGCCGCAGGGACCCGCCAGGAGGGAUGGCAGGGCCGCCCGCCCGGCCGCGGUGAGACGUCAGGCUGAAGAAUGAUGUCUGCCUUCAGUAAACUCAAUUUGGGUGUUGCUGUUAGCAGUUUUGCUAUAUCUCAAUUUCUCUUCCACGUGCUAAGUUCUUGGAUUUCUGCACGUGUAACUUCUGGUUUUAGCGGUCUUGACCAAAAGAAGAAGAUCGAAUGGAAUUCAAGGACGGUAUCAUCAUUCCAUGCCUUGUUGGUUGGAGUAUUUUGUUUUUAUAUUUUAUUAUACGAUGAAGCUGUUAAUGCUGACCAUGUUUGGGGUGACCCUUCUACAGUGCAACUAAAUCUUGCUAUUACUUCAGGCUACCUCAUAUCUGAUUUGUUGCUUAUUAUUUUCUACUGGAAUGCGAUUGGGGAUAUAUAUUUUGUAAUUCACCAUUUAGUAGCUCUGUAUGCUUACUACUUUGUACUGGAAAGAGGAUUGUUGGCAUACUUUGCUAAUUUUCGUCUGCUUGCAGAAAUAUCUACCCCUUUUGUGAAUCAGCGAUGGUUCUAUGAAGUGCUGGGGUAUUCCAAGGCAUCAAAAUCCAACAUCAUCAAUGGACUACUAAUGACAUUCACAUUUUUCCUAGGGAGGAUCAUAAUCAUGCCAAUUUAUUAUGCCAAGGUUGCUGCUGAAGUAGGAACAGAAGGUUUCCACAGAUUAGGAUUUGCAGCUCAAAGCGCCUGGUUUAUCUCCAGCAUUAUCUUGGACGUCAUGAACUUAAAGUGGAUGGUCAGAAUCACAAAGGGAUGUUACAAAGUUAUUUGUCUUAUUGGACAUGGAGAAGCCAAAGCUAAUAAGAAUGGCAAAUAUAACUAGAAGAUUUUUAAUACAACAGCAAUCUAUAACGGGAACUUUGGGUUCUUCAAAAGAACAAUGCACACUUUUGCCAUAAAAAACUCCUCUUAAGGGAAAAAAGGUAUUACCUCUGUUCAAUGUAGCCUUCCUCUUGGCGCACUGCCUGGGCACCCAGGGCCACUUCAUUUGAAGACUUGUAUUACAUGGAAUGGGAAACAGUAACAUGCUGCAUAUACAACCUU